AUGUCCAAUGGAAGCUUCAUUACCCAGUUUGUCCUCCUGGCAUUCACAGACAUGCAGGAGCUGCAGCUCUUGGCCUUCUGGCUCUUCCUGAGCAUCUACCUGGCUGCCCUCCUGGGAAACGGCCUCAUCAUCACCACCAUAGCCUGUGACCACCACCUCCACACCCCCAUGUACUUCUUCCUCCUCAACCUCUCCCGCCUUGAUCUGGGCUCCAUCUCCACCACUCUGCCCAAAGCCAUGGCCAGUUCCCUCUGGAACACCAAGGACAUCUCCUACUCAGGAUGUGCUGUACAACUCUUGUUCUUCAUCUUCUUUAUCACAGCAGAGUAUUCUCUUCUCACCAUCGUGGCCUAUGACCACUUCGUUGCCAUCUGCAAACCCCUGCACUACGGGACCCUCCUGGGCAGCAGAGCUUGUGUCCACAUGGCAGUAGCUGCCUGGGCCACUGGGUUUCUCAGUGCUGUGCUGCAUACGGCCAAUACAUUUUCACUGUCCCUCUGCCACAGCAAUGCCCUGGACCAGUUCUUCUGUGAAAUCCCCCAGAUCCUCAAGCUCUCCUGCUCACACUCCUACCUCAGGGAA